AUGCUUGAUGCCAAGCAGUUUGGAACAUUCUAUUCAUUAGAGGAAGUAUAUGUAAUUCUCAAAACUUUGCAAAUAAAAGUUACUGAAGCUUCAAGCUAUUAUCAAGGUUCUAAUAAUGAUAAGCGAAAAAAAGUUGACGAAGAAGAACAAAAUUUGGAUACCGAAGGAUCAGAAAAGAGUAUUAGCAGUGAUAGUAGAAAUGAUAAGAAGUCCAAGAGGCGUAAAACCGAAAAAAAUUCUUUAGAGAUGGAUGAAAACGAUACUGAUGUUAUUAUGAAUGAUUUAAAAAAAAAAAAAAUUGAAGUAGUUGAAGUAACCGAGACUGACGAGAUUCUCGAGAAUUUAAAAUUUACUUCAUAUCGACUUACUCAAUCAACAUUGGAUGCAUUGAAGAAUCGCGGUAUACUUUCAUUAUUUCCUAUCCAAGCUUCCACUUUUGAUUUGAUUUAUGAUGGAAAAGAUGUUUUAGCGAGAGCUAAGACAGGGACAGGAAAAACUUUAGCAUUUGCACUUCCCAUAAUCGAAAUAUUAUUAAAACAUAAACAAGAUAAAAAAUUUAGUAGUUUUAAACGAGGUCGUCUUCCCAAAGUAAUAGUAAUGACACCCACUCGUGAUUUAGCCAAACAAAUUUCCACCGAAUUUGAAUCGAUUGCACCGAGUUUAAAAAUUUUAUGCAUUUACGGUGGGGUGGCUUAUGAUUUACAAAAUCAAGGUUUACGUGAAGGAAUUGACAUAUUAGUUGGUACACCAGGUCGAGUUUUAGAUCAUAUCGAUCGAGGAAAUUUAAAAUUAAGUGAAGUCAACUUUAUAGUAUUAGACGAAGCAGAUCAAAUGUUAGAUAUUGGAUUCUCUGAAGCAAUGGAAACCGUUUUACAAACUGUUAAACAACAUAAAGAAGAGCAACAACAAGAUAAAGGAGUCGAUUAUCAAACACUUUUGUUCUCGGCCACAGUUCCAGAUUGGGUUAGAAAAACUGUAAAGAAAUAUUUAAAAGCCGAUUAUGUGAAUGUGGAUUUAAUAGGGAAAGAAGAAACAAAGACUAAUGAAAAUAUUCGUCAUUACGGCAUUCGUUCAGCAUGGAGCACACGAAAAGAUAUAAUUGGGGAUGUUGUAACAUGUUAUGGCGGUUCAGGAUCUUGUGUUAUUUUUUGUAAUACUAAAAAUGAUGCUAAUGAACUUGCACUUAAUGAUAAGUUGAAGCAAGAUGCUCAAGUAUUGCACGGAGAUAUUGCUCAAUCACAAAGAGAAAUUACUAUGAAAGGUUUCAGAGAGGGUAAAUUUAAAUGUAUCAUUUGUACUGAUGUUCUAGCUCGAGGAAUUGAUAUUCCACAAGUUGAUGUUGAAUCAUAUGUUCAUCGAGCAGGUAGAACUGCAAGAGCUGGAAGAUUAGGUACGGCAGUAACAUUAUUUAAACCGCAAGAAGAAUAUUUAUUAUCAAAUAUACAACGACGUGCCGGUGUUACAUUUCAUAUGGUUGGACCACCUCAACCUCAAGAUAUUAUUGCUGCAACCGCAAAUGAUGCAGUAAAAAAUUUAGAAUCAGUUGAAAGUAGUGUAUUACCAUAUUUUAAUGAGACAGCUAAAGAAUUAAUAAAUUCCCAAGGAGCAAUUGAAGCUCUAAGUGCGGCAUUAGCAUACAUGAGUGGAUAUGCCGGAGGAAUUAAGAAACGUUCUUUAAUGUCAGCUAUGGAAGGUUAUACAACAAUAUUAUUUAAAUUUAGUUUUCCAAUUCGACAUACUAGUUACGUUCGAAGUAUUUUUAAAAAGAAUUUUUCCGAUUUAUCAGAGGAUAGUGUAAAAGGAUAUAAGAUGACAAAAGAUAUGCAAGGAGUUGUUUGUGAUAUUGAUAAUAAUAAAUUAGAAAUUGGAAAUGAUGGACAACUAAUAUUAGCAGGAAGACCGUGGUAUAAUACUCCAACAACGACAUUAGAAGUGGAAAUUAUAAUAAAUUUGGAAGGAAUGGUGGAAGCAAUCGUGGAAGAUAUAAUGGAAGAUAUACAUAAAUUAUGA